AUGACCCGUUCGCAAUGGGGUUAUCGGUUCCUCAUCUUGUCCGUUGCCUUCAAGAUUAGGGCACUGGAAGUCCCGCUGAUGAUCUGGCUUACCCACCCGCUAGAAGGCACCUGCUCUAGUACCCGGGACAUCAAAUACUUAAAAUGUCAUGUCCUCCGAGUUUGCGCGCUCAUGCUUCAAGCUUCUCGCCGGCGGAAGCUGAGUACGCGAAGCCUCGCGGGAAUCGGGACAGAUCAAGACAUGAAGUACGAUCCUGAUCGAGGAGUUUCUAGUUUGUCUUCCGGUGUUCAUCGUGUACGCCGGCGCUUGCGCAAAGAUCAUGAGUUACUCGCAGGGACUCGCAGCACCAUCCAGGGUCACAGCCCGCCCCCAUAUGAAGCCACGUCUCCUUUCCGAGUCUUUCUGAUCUUUGCGACAUUCUACGAAGCCUGGAACAAUGCCACUUCUGGACUGAGCGGUAAUCUCCCCGAUGGUUGGGGUAACGGCACGCUUGUGCCUUCAGCAGUCCAGGGUUCCGGAAGUAACGGCCUUGCCAGGCAAUGUAGACCUGAGAAGAUCACUUUCGUGGUGCCCCUGGAGCUUCGGCCUCACCUGGUGAUGCACUCCUCGGCCACCACGGCACGACAGCUACCCGCUCAAACCAGGCGGGAUGACGCGACACUGAGAAAGGUGGCGUUCCUGAAAAUUGCCGUCAGCUUACGAUCAAUUUUAUUCACGGCUAUCCUCCCUAGGAUUGAGCGCAUGUCUAUCUGCUCACAUGUGAUGACACCCACGGUGGAAGGGGUCGGGAAGCAGGAUAUACGCCCGGAUCCCGCACGCUACCAUGCUUUCCAACGACGGGUACUAGGCGGUAUCCAUAUGGCUGACCGUCCUAUCAUAUAG